CUUCCUUGCAAUGUUCGGCCGGCCUUAUCGGUAUACCCUUGGCGACUCUGCAGACGUUGUGCGUGCUGCAAGGAAGAAACUCAUAUAUGACGACGAAUUCGAUCCGAAAACCUCGAUCAUGUGUUCGCCAUCUUCGCAAACCGGAUCAUGCUAGAACUGAGUGAUAAGAAGCGAUCGAGCGAGAUCGCUGUACACGCCAUACGCAGUCAUAUGCGCCUCCUCACCGGUGUUUUUGAUGGAUUCACCACCACCGCCGCGCCUUCGUAACCUAUGCUUGCCGUCGCUGCUGCAGAUAUCUUGAAUGAAAAAACCGCAAAACUACGCCGAAGCAUUGGAGACGCUAAUGCGACAACUCAUUGUUGACGGGGUCGUGACUGAUCCGGGGCGACAAGGUGAAUUAUACACCAGGCUCUUAUUCAUCCUCCCGCGCGACAAGGCGACGCUUCCAAAUAAAGGAUCGUUCGUCGAUUUCCCAGAACCCGCUCGGCGCGAUGUCCGCCCUUUGACAAAUUGAAGCUGUCAGAC